GCUGGGGAUCAGCGCAGCGAUCUCCGCCAGCUUCCUUCACCCUUGGAAUUCUUGGGAACUUAAACAGUGACCCUCUCUGGUGUGGCGGUGCUGGGGCAGUAUGGUUCCAUGGAGGGAAAGUGAUUACUCACCGAGUCUCUGCAGGAAAAUGGUCUGUGGGUUUGUGUCAACUGUCUGGUGGUGCACUCGCGGCAAGAAUCGAGAAGAGGAGGAGACAGCAAGGAUAGGCCCAGGAGUAAUGGCGUCCAAAGAGGAACAAGUGGUAGAAAAUAUCAAAGUGGAAAACACCAACCAGGAAAAUGAAAUAAAGGAUGAAAAGGAGCAAGAUGCUGAUAAAGGAGAGCCCUUGGCCCUCCCUUUGGAAGCUGGUGAAUAUUGUGUGCCUAGAGGAAAUCGUAGGCGGUUCCGUGUUAGGCAGCCCAUCCUGCAGUAUAGAUGGGAUGUGAUUCAAAGGCUUGGAGAGCCACGGGCAAGGAUGGGAGAAGAGAAUAUGGAAAGGGUUGGGGAGGAGAUGAGACAACUCAGGCAAAAGCUGAGGGAAAAGCAACUGAGUCAUAGUCUGUGGGCAGUUAGCACUGACCCCCCUCACCAUGACCAUCAUGAUGAGUUUUGCCUUAUGCCUUGAAUCCUUAUGUUUUCCCUCAAGUUAAUAGGGAGACACCUGCUUUCUAAACAUAUAUGUUCAUAAUGUACCUUUGUUGUAAACCUUUUGAUGUCAGUUGUUUCUGGUGGGUCUCUUUACCAGCUUCUACUUGAAUGUUGUGUUUUUUACUCAGUCUGUAAGGUUUUAUUAGCAGAAAAAUUUUACCUAUUGCAUUAGAGAUGCUUAUUAUAUAUUGUGAAGUUAAUAAAACAGUUUUUAAAAAUGA